UUGUGGAGGACGAGAGCCCACCUUUGCCAGUGGGUUUAUCAGACGUAAGUCAAAUUCGGCAUCUAAACGUAGUUUACAGCUUUAUGUAGAAACAAGUGCGAUAAUCUGAUUGCCUUGAAUAAUUGACGUGCACCCUUAGGAAUUGCGAGACUUCUUACAGUUGUGCUUCAGAAAAGAUCCAUCCGAAAGGCCUCAAGCAAGCGUCUUAUUACAGCAUAUGUGGAUCAGGAAAAACGAAAAAGUACCCGGAAGCAUCUUGUCGAAAGUAACUUCGAAAGAGAGUAGUAUUCUUACUCGUACUACAAGUACAGCGCCUUCUUUGCCCCCGUCAGAUGAGUUUGAUGUUGCGAGCAAUACUUCCACCAUUGUAUUAAACAGUGGUUCAUCAAACAUUGUAACUUCUACUACCGAUGAUCGACAUAAAGACCGUAAGAAGGUGAAUACCUUAUCAGCUUUUUUAUCCAACUCGCCUUAUGCGUCUUCUAAAAUGGCAACGUCAGAAAUUUCUUCCCAUCAAUCCACAAGAAAAUCAGAAUCAUCAGUAUCUGCUCAUCGAUUUACUAUACGCGUAUCGAAGGCAAAACCCUCUCAACAACGCGGCAGUAAUCGUAGUAGCAAUAACUUUGAAGACAGCAGCAACUGUCGUUCUAACGCACACAAGUCGAUGCCUGUUAUCGAAAGCAGCUUCUCGCUUGAGAAGACGAAAUCUACGAAACAGCAUCAUAAACAUAGCAUGAUCAGAGUAUCUUUUCCUCAAGGUAAAGUAAUAAACAUAGUAGCGAAUGAACUGACGAGCUCAUCAUUAAUUCAUGAAUUUUAUCCCUCUGAAGGCGAAGAAGUGUGCAACAUAUGUCGUGAAAAAAUGUACGAUGCCUUGAUGUGUAAUGAUGGAUGUGGUCUUAUGAGACAUUCUGAAUGCAGUAACAGAGCUGUAAGCCUUGAGUAAGCUUAUUUCUCACACAUAUCAACUCUACUAACCGCUUCUUCUUUGUUCGAAUACAGAUACAGGAUUCUGAGACUCGUCAACUGAUGCCACCUUCAAUAAAACCGACAACAUCGGUCUCCUCACAGCUUCGUCAAUUAUUUAGACCAAAAUCAUCAAAAACAAAAUCUCUUCACCACUAUGACCUGGGAAACAUUCAAGAGCACGAUCAGAUAAAAAUGGGGAACCAAAUGGACGUCAAAAACUCUAAAAAAGCAAGGCCAAAAACUAACAGUACUAUCAAUACAACAUCAAAUAAUUCAAGUUCAAGAUCUUCCUGGUGGAGGAAACCCUUGACAUCGUCCGCUAAAUAAAUCUAGUAAAUCUAUAUAGCUUCCCCAAAUUAACUCACUGUAAC